CUCAGACAUACAGUCUACACACUACUGCAGGCUCACGCUAAGGGGUUUUACAGUCAAGGCAGAGUGAAUUAUAUUUUAUUCCAUGACACCACCUGUAAAUCCAUACAAUUAAAUCAGCGAGAGAAAAGACGAGGAAGAGUUUGCAUUGGUGUGGACCCCACCUACCAUUACCGCUUUAAGAAAAAGCUUUCUGGGAUUUCAACCUGAGCAGGUUGAUUUAAAGCAAGGAUCAGAAUCUUCUAUGUACGAAGGAUAUAGGAGGAAGCUGGUGGACGUGCGCACGUGAAAAUCUCUAUGUGAACUCAGAAUUCUGAGACCCACUGGAAACAUAUUACAGUUAAAAACCAUGUAUGUGUCCUGGAGGCAGACACUGUGCAUGCUGACUAGGGGAGAGAGCUUGCCGUCUUGAAGGAUUAAACCUGGACAGGACACAGGAGGAGGAUAUACAGAGCUGCAGAGUCGAUUUUCUAUAGACAGUUACAUAUGCUUUAUCCAGACCUAGGAAGAAUUCACCCACUGUGUUUAGUAGGACUAAUGAUUCUUCUUGGAGACCUGUAGAGGGAACGACUGGGCCUGGCAUUAAGAGUGGUAUGAGAUCUGUGUUUCUGCUUAUACAAUGCACCGUCAAGAUUUCAUCUUUGAUUGUCUUUUCGCGUUUUUUGAGUGCCCAUAAAGAAUUAUCGAGUAGAUCGUUAGUUCAUAUUUUAGGGGCUUCACCUCUGUUCCCGUACACUUUUUUUCAUCAUGUGCCGGGAAGCAUAUUCUGCUCACAAGAAACAUGACCGUUGCCUCUGACCCAUGCUCAGUCCCGCAGGAGUGGGCAAAUCAUAGACCUAUGGCAUGUGUGUGCCCUCAGGGCCUCCCCAGGGGCAUAGCCUGGUUGACUACCCCUGGUUUAUUUUUCCUGUUGCUGCUGUUGCCUCUGAUACUGGGCCUUCCUAAAUAUUUUCCACAUAGCAACUGUUCCGUUUCACUUGUACAGGAAGACCCCAUCAGUGCACAUUGCCCAUCAAAUCCAACUCUUCAGUUUUCCUGGACCUGCAUUGAUCCUUUGCCUCAAAACAUUCCAUCUAUCCUGUCUAUUUCCAGCCAGGUCAGUGCCCAUGUCCCUUCAUGUCCACAUGAGCACCUACAUAUUAUCACUACACUGCACCUCAGAUCUGCACCCUAUGGUGAGCCAAAUAAAUUGUGCCUAAACCCUGGAUUGACAUUGCUGCCUCUCCCCUCUGUGCAACCAGCACCAUGGGGUAAAUGCCAAUUCCAAUGUCAAACUGUGGGCAGCCCUGGGGCAACAGUAUGGCACAACAUUCUGGUAACCACUCGCCAUCUCUGCCUGACUCAUCAGCACCCAUUAGAAAUGAAAUUGCAGUGCCAACCAUGUACUAAGCAAGGAGAACAUAUAGUUCACUGGAAGGUAAUGCUGCCACAAUUGGUUAAGCAGAAAGUCAAAGGUUUAGCGAUGCUCAGGGGCAAACGAAAUGUAAACACAAGUCCUCAAUUCCAGACACCAAGCUACCAAGUAUCAGUGCCUGAAAAUAAGCCUGCUGGGACUUUUGUUGUGCAGCUGAGGGCUAGUGAUCCAGAUGAAGGAGCUGCUGGGCGAUUAGAGUACUCCAUGGAUGCCCUUUUUGAUAGUCGCUCUGCCAGCUUUUUCUCACUGGAUCCAAAUAGUGGAGAAGUGACCACAGCAGAUGAACUAGACAGAGAAACCAAGAGUACCCAUGUUUUCAGAGUGACUGUCAGUGAUGCAGGUGUCCCCCGCCGAACAGCGAUGGCCACCCUCACUGUCUCAGUCAGUGACACAAAUGAUCAUGACCCAACCUUUGAACAACCAGAAUACAGAGAGAGUGUACGAGAGAACAUGGAGGUUGGCUACGAGGUGAUGACUGUUCGUGCCACAGAUGGAGACUCUGUCAUAAAUGCCAACAUUGCCUACCGUUUGGUAUCUGGAGCUGGUGAGGCUUUUGAAAUCGAUCAUCGAUCUGGGGUCAUUCGGACAAGAGGCCCUGUUGACCGUGAGUCUGUGGCGUUCUAUGAAUUACUUGUUGAAGCUGAUGAUCAAGGACGUGAACCUGGGCCUCGCAGUUCCACUGCCACUGUGCACAUUUCUGUUGAAGACGAAAAUGACAAUGCCCCCCAAUUUACUGAGAAGCGCUAUGUGGCACAUGUAGCAGAAGACAUUUACACUGACUCACAGCUUCUAGUUGUGACUGCUACUGACCGUGACCAAGGAGCAAAUGCUGCAGUACACUACAGUAUCUUGAGUGGAAAUGCUCGUGGUCUUUUCUCCAUUGAUCCACAGACUGGUGCGAUAUUUCUUGCUGGCACACUUGAUUUUGAGACAGGGAGAGAGCACACACUAAGGGUACGGGCACAAGAUGGAGGGAGACCCCCAUUAUCCAACGUAACUGGUUUGGUCAGUAUUCAGGUGCUGGAUGUAAAUGACAAUGCACCAGCUUUUGUCAGUGGUCCUUUCCAAGCUGCAGUGUUGGAGAAUGCUCCUUCUGGUUACUCUGUCUUACAGGCUCAGGCACUGGAUGCUGACUCUGGCGAAAACUCAAGGCUUGAAUAUCGUCUAACAGGAGAAUGUGGACCUUUCUCAAUAAACAAUAGCACUGGUUGGAUAAUUGUGCAGACAGAACUGGAUAGGGAAGAAGUGGAGUUUUAUAGCUUUGGCGUGGAGGCAAUAGAUCGUGGUCAGCCACCUCUGUCCUCUUCAGCUUCAGUAAGUGUGCAGGUUCUAGAUGUCAAUGAUAAUACUCCGGAAUUCACUCAACACGAAUACCAGGCACGUCUUAAUGAAGAUGCAGCUGUUGGUACAAGUGUUCUGACUGUAUGGGCAGUGGAUAGGGAUGCUCAUGCUACUAUCACCUACCAGAUCACUUCUGGAAAUGCUCGUCAUCGCUUCUCUAUCUCAAGUUUAGCUAGUGGUGGUGGUCUUUUAACACUUGCUCUACCUCUUGACUACAAACUUGAGCGUCAGUUUGUGCUUAUUAUAACAGCAUCAGAUGGGAUGAGAUCAGAUACUGCACGAGCUGUGGUGAAUGUUACAGAUGCCAACACGCAUCGACCUGUCUUUCAGAGCUCCCAUUACACAGUCAGUGUGCGAGAAGAUCAACCAGCAGGAACCACUGUAGUAAUAAUCAGUGCCACAGAUGAAGAUACUGGUGAGAAUGCUCGCAUCACAUACUUGGCUGAAGAAGGUAUGCCACAGUUUGCCAUAGACCCAGACACUGGAGCAGUUACUACCACCAUGGAGCUAGAUUAUGAGGAUCAAGUCUCUUACACAUUAGCUGUGACAGCAUGUGAUAAUGGCAUUCCUCAAAAAUCUGACACAACUUAUCUGGAAAUUCUGGUGACUGAUGUCAAUGACAAUCCCCCUGUCUUCCAAAGGGCAUCCUAUAGUGGCACUGUACCUGAGGAUGCCCCCCCUUAUACAAGUGUCCUACAGAUUUCUGCAACUGACCGUGACUCUGGUCUCAACGGAAGAGUCUUUUACACCUUUGCAGGAGGAGAUGAUGGGGAUGGGGACUUUACAGUGGAGUAUACGUCUGGUAUUGUCCGGACCCUAAGGCAACUGGACAGAGAGAAUGUUGUGCAGUAUAGACUAACUGCCUAUGCCAUUGACAAAGGGAUGCCUUCCCCACACCGUACUCCUACUGAAGUAGUAGUCACAGUCUUGGAUGUCAAUGAUAAUGCACCAGUGUUUGCCAAAGAUGAACUGGAAGUUAUGGUUUUAGAGAAUAGUCCCCUGGGACCACCACUAGCAAGAAUCACAGCCACUGAUCCUGAUGAAGGCCCAAAUGCACAAAUAAUGUAUCAGAUUGUGGAAGGAAACAUCCCAGAAGUUUUCCAGCUGGAUAUUUUCUCAGGGGAACUUACAGCACUUGUUGAUCUGGACUAUGAGCAGCGACCAGAAUAUGUAAUUGUGGUACAAGCCACAUCUGCUCCAUUGGUCAGCAGAGCAACAGUCAGAGUGCGCUUGGUGGAUGUCAAUGACAAUGCUCCAACUCUGAGUGACUUCAGAGUAGUCUUUAAUCAUUAUAUCGGUGGUGGUGGUGGCAGUUUCCCAGUGGGAGUAAUUGGGAAAGUUCCAGCACGGGAUCCUGACAUUAGUGACUCUUUGAACUUCACCUUCCUGAGUGGAAAUGAAUUAGGAUUGCUUCUGUUGAAUACUAGCAGUGGGGAAUUAAGUUUGAGCCUUGACCUCGACAGCAACCGUCCUUUGGAAGCUACCAUGGAGGUGUCUGUUACAGGUAUGUCAUAA